AUGACCGCAAUCAUGUCCUCAUCGUACUCAUCCCCAGCCGUUUCGCCUCCAGCAGCUCCUCCGCAACAGUAUACUACGAACCCGAAUCACCCGGCCUUAACGCCAUUAAUAACUUCCCCGCCCGCGCGCCGAUCAACCGUACCGCGACCGAUGUCCCACGCUUCCAAGAACCGACUGUCGCAGUACUCGACGGGCUCUGUCCCGUCGCGGUCACGACCCCCCUCUUUCCUCUUUCCCAUUUUCCACCCCAGCCUGUCCUAUACCAUCGUUCGAGACUUCGCGUACCCGCCCACACAUCCGAUGCACUAUGGCCCCCCGCCCGAGCCCUCGAGACCCCCCUCCGGUAUGACCACACCCGCGAGCGAGACGAGACGACUUUCGGACCCUCCCGCUUCGUGGGAAAGCAAGAUUGGUUGGGAUUGGACAUCGGACGGUGGACUUGGAAAGGGUGGUGAGCUUGCUCCAAUUCAUUUUGGUGAUGGCCCUCCCUGGAGCGAGGACGAAGACUUGCAGAGCCCCGUCGUGAGUUCGCGACACCGGAAGCACAAGUCGACCUCUGCUGUCACGGGGCAUCAUAAGAGCCGAAGUUCGAGAGAUGGCGGUCCUUCCUCUAUACUCAGCGCGGGAGGUCUAGACUCUAACAGGGGUUACUAUGGCGACACAGCUGAAAGAUAUUACGUAGACCAGGGAGGCGAGGCCAACGGACCGGGCGGAGAAUAUGUCACGUAUCCCUUAGAUGGAGACCGGCAUUCUAUUGAUUCUUACCAGCAAUCGUCGGAUCAGCAACCGCGAAAUUACGCUGAUAAUGAUGCCGGAUAUGGGUCUGAAUCAGACGCUUCAAGUACUGGUUCAUCUCCAGGCUAUCACCAUCCGUAUGACGAGUCUAGGUAUUCGAGAGAUUAUCAAUUCACCAUCACCUCGCCAGAUGAGGAGAUGCACGGCAAGGCCGUUGCUUUGUUCGACUUCGAGAGGGAAAACGAAAACGAACUACCUCUAGUUGAAGGCCAGGUGAUUUGGGUGUCGUAUAGGCAUGGCCAAGGCUGGCUUGUUGCCGAGGACCCCAAGACCCAGGAAAGCGGAUUAGUGCCGGAAGAGUAUGUUCGCCUCCUCAAAGACAUCGAGGGCGGUAUGACGAGCCUGACCGGACAAGCCGACCCCGGUCCAGGAACCCCUUACGACACCGGCACCCCAACGCAAGUCGAGCACAACGGACAAGCACCAUUGACCCUGAAUACAAAUACUACGCAGUCGGGACUUAUUUCGGCAGGGAACAACUCGGCAAACGGAUAUCACCAACCGGUGGUCUCGACUUUCUCUACUUCCAGCAAGGACCUAGAUCCAUACCCCCAGCAUCUCCUCGGCCAGCAUGGGCAGCCCCCACCGCAAGUUGUACAUUAUCACGGCCAACGUGGAGGCAGUCAAGCCAACACGCCUACGGCCCAGAAUUACGUUGGCGAUUCACCGCUGGGGCGUAGCAGUCAGGAUACGAAACAGUACCAGCAGAAGACCGAAAAGAAGUGA